CCACCUGGUCAUAUAUUGGUGGAUCACGAUUGUUGGAUUUAUCAUAUCACUAUCGACAAUGGCAACUGCUGCAAGAUACUUCUCGCAAUACUUGAUGACACUACGCUUUGGUGGUGAUAUGGUGUUCAUUGCAUGGGUCGCCAAUGCAAUCCCCGUCCGCCCGGUAAACGCAGUGUCGUGAUUGCUCUUACGAUUGGCGUUGGGAACGUCGGAACUCUUGUUGGUUCGUGUAUUUGGAAAGAGAGUUGGGGUCCACAGUAUCACCCGUCGUUUCUGAUAUGCCUCGUUUCCCUCUUGGUAUCAGUGGUCAUCGCCUUCCUUAUUCGGACCAUCCAAAUACGGGAAAACAAACGAAUAGAACACCUGGAGAUAGAUGACUUGAAAAAGGAUGAACGUGAACGUAUCGAGAAAGCGGCGGAAUUGGAAGGUAUGACGUUUGUUGACGCGUUCAGACGCCAGAAGCGGUUGCCGGGUGUUUAUUAGUCGGACGCACGUAGCGUCCUGCAAGUUGUUGUAGUUGUUGUAUAUUCAGCGAGUUGAGAAGCUUCGCUACGAAUACCUCGGUAUUUUUUUUUCAGUCAGCUCAUGUUCGUAACACUAGAAGAUUGCCAAUGCCAGAAUCAUACCCCGUGUCGGCCUGGACUCCGCACGAUUGAUAAUCAUAAGGAU